AUGACGUACACACGAUUUUAUGACAGUCGGUCAAGACAGUUAUCAGAAUAUUCACACAGUAGGAGCCACAAGAAGAACAAAGGUUAUUACAGGCAGGAAGACCAAGCUGCAUAUGAAUAUAUGAUGAGAGAAGAAAAUCGAAAGAUUGAAGAACGAAAACGUAAAUCUGGUGACGCCUCAAGGGCUUACUCCAUGCCAUAUAGAAUUAGUGAAGAAGAUGUUGCUAGGGAGUUAUCCAAAAAGGAAUUAACAAAACUUAUUAAUUCCUUUGGUGCAACCAUAAACGAAAAAGAUAUGUACACAACCUUCUAUCAUUAUCAUACGUAUUUACAACGCCGUUACUCUAAGAUGAUAAUUAAGCUACAAAAAUUGUGUCAUAAAUUAGCCUCGAAACGGUAUAUACCCGAUGAAGAUUUAAAUCAGUACUGGAUGGAAUGCAAGAAGGGGGUCAGCAGACAUCUGUUCACUUUGAAUUAUUAUUCCUACAAACAUUUCUUCGAGUUUGCUAAGGACGCUCCCGUUGAAGACAUGGCAAGGUUUAAAACGUUUCUGGCCGACUACGUUCGUAUGUGGAAACAGAAAAUACGUGAAAAUAAUAAGAAAUGGACGCAAGUGCUCACCAAAAAUAUAAAAAAAUAUAAAAAGAGAUAA